AUGACUGAUUUUGUUAAGCAGUUCCAUAGGUGUGUGGCAUAUUUUCGAUUUAGAGAGGUUCAAGCUGAUUUUGAAUCCCAAUAUGGACAGGCAGUGUUGCAUACCAAUCUUAGGGCGCUUGAGAGGUCAGCAUCAAAGCACUGGACAAAAGAGAUAUUUGAAAUGGUACGAUCUGUUAUGAAAAAGGUAACCUUAACAUCUGUAUUAGAUAUUCAAGAUAUGGGAUCAGUUACCAUUUAUGCGGUGACAAAAUACAGAGACGAAGGGCAUGGAUGGCGUGUUUCCCACUGUCCAUCGAAUAACGAUUUCAGAUGCUCGUGUCUUAGAAUGGAAUCCAUUGGGAUUCCUUGUGAGCACAUUGUUGCUGUGAUGGUUUAUCUUAAUAUUGUAGAAUUUCUUGAGAAUCUUGUGUUGAAUCGUUGGUCAUUAUAUGCGAAGCAGUCUAUUAGUGGAAGUUAUGAAGAUGGUUCCCACUAUUGGGAUUCACAUUUGGUUGCUAGACACGCUACUUUGGUGAAUCUUAGUAAGGAGGUCGCUGACUUGUCAUAUAUGGAUGUUGAUGAUUACAAAAAAUAUUUAGAAUAUCUGACUAAUGAACUUUGUAGGCUUAAAUCGAAGAACAACAAUGAAGAUGUUCCAGAUAACAUACAUGUUAAAGAGGAGUUGGUGAAUAUACUUAACCCUUCAUGUUCAAGAAGCAAGGGUUGUGGACCAGGUACUGUUGGUACAUCAGAGAGACGCAGGCGGACACAGACGUGUGGGAUAUGCGGUGGAGCUGGUCACAACAGAAGAUGCUGCCCUACUCUUGGAGCAGAUGGAGAGCCUCCUGCAGAUAGUUCUUUACAAUCAGCAUCUGUAAGGUUAAGUAAUGACUAUGGAUUUUCAGUUUGA